AUGCGAUCUCACACGCCACAAGGGCGUGAAGGUCCCGGAAACCGUCGCAAUUCUACGUCCAACAGAUUUCGCGCAAGCACUUCAUCCAUCGGCAGGCCCCAAACAUCACUUCGAGAGUCCAGGAUCUCGUCAUUCCGUGCGACGCAACCGACGUACAACCUUUUUACUGGCGCCGAGACGAAUAAUUCACGACCUACUUCCCGUCAGGGCCACACCGCCGAAUCGGUCCGCCCAGGUUCGCGCGAUAGCUGUAAGGAAAACAUGGCGCCUCCCGAUGCCGACGAGUAUGAAAAGUACAGGAAGGAGAUCGAGGCCUUGAAGGCUGAGAUUGGCACCUUGCAAUACCGCAUGCAGACGGCCGAGCAAGAGAAGGAGAUUGCCAUGUCACAACAGAACAGCAAGAUGGAGCAGGCUCGACGCCGCGAGCAAGACGAGGCCCAACAACGCCAGGUGGCCGAAGCUGAGCGAGAAAAGGCUGCGACGCAGAUGGAAGCGAUACGACGAGAACUCGACGAUGUGAAAGAUGCGGCCGAACAGGAUAAAAAGGCGCUCGAGCGCAAGGCUCGGGAUGCAGAGGACGAAGCACGACUCCUGCAGGAACAGCUGGAGGACCUGUCGACGGCUAAAGAGGAAGCUGCACGAAUCGCUGACCGGAAGAUUACCGACUUUGAGAUGCAGGUUGCCGCCUCGCAGCGGACAGUGCAUGAGUUAGAGCAGGAGAGCCAACAGAGAGAAGCCAGCCUCCAACAAACACAGGCCCAACUUGCCGAAAAGGAUGCCGACAUCGCAGACCUGGAGGCCGAUGUACUGCGACUCAAGGCUCAGAGUGGCGACGCCGAAACCAUGGAGAUUAUCCGACAGGAGUUGACCGAACAAGUCCAUCACAUCCGGAACCUCGAAGCGACCAACCGUGAUCAGCUAUCCGAACUGAAGCACCUGCGCGCCGUAAGCAGAGCGGUCGAGGUGGUCGAGGAGGAGAAGCGCACGCUGCAACGGAAGCUCGAGACUGCAGAGACGAUCGAGGCAGAACUUGCCGAGGCCCGGAUCCAAAGACAGCGGCUCGAGGACGAACGGUUGGCUUGGACAGCCUACCUCAAGAACACCUUGGAGACUGGAGAUGCAGAGUUUGACUCCCCAGAAGCCAUGGCGAGGGCGUUGGUCCAGGAGCGACUGACUACUGCCUCGUACAUGGACAAGUUGGGCGCGGUCCAGGGAGAGAUGACGGCUCAACAACAGACGAUCAAGACCCUUCAAGACGAAAAGGCCAAGCUCAAGGGCGAGGUCGAGACCGCCAAGACCUCCGCCAACGCCAUGUCCACCGACAAGGCUCGUCUUCGGCUUGAACGACAGCGCGUCCUUGCUGUCAAGGAAGUCGAGUACCUGCGGGCUCAGUUGAAGACGUUUGACACCGAGGACGAGACACUCCAGCCUGAGCAAUUUGACCAGGCUCGCGUGAUGCGAGUCCAGGAGCUUGAGGACCUUGUUGACAAGUACAAGUCUGAAGUUCAGAGCCUUCACGGCGAGCUGGCCUCAGUUGAGCCCGGCACGCCUCAGCCUGUUACUGGCAAGCGUUCACGGGCCGAGGACGACAACGCACAAGAGCAACUUGGACAGCUGACACGUAAGAACCGCAAGCUCCAGGAAGAACUCUCGAGCACUCAAACCAAGGUGGCGCUGCUGGAGAAGGACUUGGCAGCGAACCGUGAGCAGCUGGAGGCCGCCAAACAAACGACCAAGACGCGAGUCCUGUCGCUCAAGUCCAACCCUACGUCCGACUAUGAAGCGAUCAAGCGUUGUACUUUGGAGGCUCUGCAAAAAGAGAACACUGACCUGUUGGCUACUCUUCAAUCCAAGGUCGGCAAGUCUUCCGUUCCGAUGAUCCCAACGUCAGUCCUCGGCGCCAUGGAGCGCGAGAUUGCUGCCGCCAAGGCCGAGACGGCAUCUGCGCAAAAGUCCGCACGUCGCCUCAAGGAGGUUUGGGGCUCCAAGUCGCAGGAGUUCAAGGAAGCCAUCUUUUCCACCCUCGGCUGGACUGUUACCUUUAUCCCCAACGGCAAGAUGCGCGUUGAGAGCACCUUUUACCCAUCUCAGACGGACGAGAACGAAAACUCCAUCGUCUUUGACGGUGAGCGCGGCACGAUGAAGGUGGGCGGUGGCCCAAAGAGUGCUUUCGCUCGGAGGAUCAGCGACCAGAUUGGCUUCUGGGUGCGAGAAAAGGGCUGCAUUCCUGGUUUCUUGGCAGCGUUGACGCUGGAAUUUUACGAAGAGCAUACGAGGGCCUCCAAGUGA